AAUGAAUCUUAAUUAUUAUUGAAUAAUCUUCUUCACUUUCUCUGGUUGCUGCAGGUCUGUUACAGCCAUGUUGGUAUUCUCUUGGUCUCUCGUGAGCCUGCUGCUGGUGUCCUCCUCCUGGGCCGAGGAAGAUGUGGCUGCCAUUGAAGAGGACACGUCCAGGGAGCUUUCUGUCAGUGAGCUGUUGGAGCGAGCCAACAGAGACCGCAACCCCGAAUUGGACGAGCCUGUCCUGAUCCAAGGCGACAUCGCUAUCAAGUCUGAGGCCGACAGAAACGCCGACCCCUGCACCUCCAAUGGCUGUCUGUGGAGAAAGUGGACCGAUGGGAAGGUCUACAUCCCCUACUACAUCGCCAACCACUACUCCGCCCGAGAGCAGUCCAUCAUCACUCGUGGGCUGGAGUCUUUCUCCUCGGCGUCCUGCAUCCAUUUCAGACCCUACCAGAACGGAGAUAACGAGUGGCUGAGCAUCGAGUCCAGGGACGGCUGCUACUCCUUCGUGGGUCGCCAGGGCGGCGCUCAGACUGUGUCUCUGAGCCGCCAGGGAUGCCUCUACCACGGCACCGUCCAGCACGAGCUGCUCCACGCCCUGGGCUUCAACCACGAACAGACCCGCUCCGACAGGGACAGCUACAUCCGGGUGCAGUGGGAGAACAUCCUCGACGGUAUGGCGUACAACUUCAACAAGAUUGACACCCUGAACCAGGGAACUUCUUAUGACUACGGCUCUGUCAUGCAAUAUGAGAAGUACGCCUUCUCCAAGAACAACCGUCCCACCAUGGUGCCCAUUCCCAACAGCAAUGUGCCCUUCGGUCAGGCCACCCAGAUGAGCAGGAAUGACAUCGAUAGGCUGAACAGGCUGUACAAGUGCUAAACUGCCGUGACCUUUGCCCCGACCUCCCUGACGACAUCACGGAGCACGCCGGUGAAGCGGAUGAGGGUUUCGGGCGUACGGCGGUUUUGGGAUGUCCUGCAACAAUAAACCUGCAGACUUCCUGAGCAUCCAACUGUUUAAUAAUGUCAUGUGAAAGAACAAAGGGCACUUUGUAGAUUCGGGGAAUGUUAAUAAAAGGCUUCUCUUCAAUUUAAUUUUCAUAUAAUAUCACAUAAGACCAUCAAUGUGAAUGGUUUAAUAUCUUCUGAUCAUAAAUGCAAAGCAACUCACCAUUGAACUAGUAUGAUUCAUUCCUACUCAUUGGAUUUUCAUUCAAAGUAAAAAAAACAUCUUAAAAGAAAAAUGUUAUCAUUUUGUAGAAAUGUUCUCAUCAUUUUCUGGCAGAACAUGAGCUCAUAUCUGUAAAAUAUGAAGUGCCGGCCAGCAGCUGAUUAGCAUAGCUUAGCACAAAGAGCUAACCUGGCUCUGCCUAACAGCGCCUUUAAAGCUCGCUGUCUUGUUUAUUUGAUUACAUUAACAAAAGUGACUCUCUGCCAGAAAGCAAGCACACAACUAAUCAUAUGUAUCCACAUGUCACGUGUGGAGGCUAAUUAAAUCCACCAGAAUUUUAAGAGCUGGUAUUGCACGACCCAAGAACCGCCCUUAUAUAUUAAAAUCAGUAUCCAUGUAUUGUCCUCAGGGUGCAACCUCCGGUUCUGCUGAUUAAACCGAAGCAGAAUGUCUUAAAACCUGCACUGUCUCUGCUGACCAGCAGGGGGCGACACCUCCGGUUGCAAAAGGAGGUGAUUAUAGACAUCUAUGAGAAAAUGACUCAACCUCUCACUUGAUUUAUUCCCCCAGGAAACAUUGUACACAUAAGUUUAUGGUCUCACUUUCUAGUUUCAAGUCUCCUUCAAUACAGCAUGAUGUUCAUUUAGUCAAUGAUGGUUAAUUUAGAGUGAAAUAGACCAUAAAGCAGGGUACGCUUUAGGUCUAGACUUGUGUCGUUGACAGGUCGCUUCCGCUACCAGAGCCGUAUACGGCGUCUCUAUAUCACUCCUACGCUGUCCAAACACAGUAACUUCCAUUCAUUGAUUGUAAAAAAAAAAACUCACGACCAGUGAGGUCACCAUGACUAUGUCCA